AUGAGAGUGCAGAUAUUCUUUGGAUGGAUUAUUCUCAUCUGUAGUGUCAAUGCCGUAAGUCAAGAUUAUCUCGUGGCACUCAAAACUAGCGAAACCCUCGAGUCGUUUCUCAAUUAUGAUAAGAGAUAUCCGGUGGCUCGCAGGCUCAAGAAUUUCAUCAAAAAAUCAUUCAACAUUGGCACCUUUAAUGGCUUCUCUGGUACCUUCUCUCAACAAGAUUUAGAGCGGCUUCACAGAUGUCCCAUGGUCGACGAGAUUACACCGGAUAUCAACGUGACUGCCUUUGACUUACUGGAACAAGCGAAUAGUCCUCGCCAUUUGUCGCGUUUAUCUCUUUUCGACUAUGGUAACGAGGACAGAAACUCAUAUUUUUAUGACGAGGGUGCUACAGGCGUGAACGUCAACGUUUACAUUGUAGAUUCAGGUAUCGAAGUCGAUCAUCCUGAAUUUGAAAGCAGAGCUUUUGCCGGGAAAGAUUUUACAGGUGAAGGCAGUGGAGACACCAACGGGCAUGGUACACAUGUUGCUGGAAUAAUUGGUUCUAAAACAUAUGGUGUCGCCAAGGACGUGAACUUGAUCGAAGUUAAGUGUUUAGAUGAGAUGGGCCACGGUUCUCUUAGCAGUAUCUUAGGUGCGAUUGAAUUUUCUGUCAAUCAUAGCAGACAUAGCAGGAAACCUGGAGUGGUUAACCUAAGUCUUGGUGCUAUGAGGAACUCGGUCUUGAACAAAGUUAUCGAAUCGGCAUCUAAUGCUGGGCUAGUGAUAGUUGCAGCCGCUGGAAACCUGAAUGUGGAUGCAUGUGCUACACUGCCGGCUUCUGCUAGACUGGCCAUCACUGUGGGUGCAAUUGAUGAUUCUACUAACACCAUUGCCGAGUUUUCUAAUUGGGGACCAUGCGUCGAUGUUUUCGCUCCAGGAAUGGUAGUUUCUAGUGUUAAUAUCUACAGAAAAAGAGACCCGCAAGCUCUUUCUGGAACUUCAAUGUCAGCACCUAUUGUUUCGGGUUUGGUUGCUAACCUUUUGAGUGCUGGAGCUUCUCCUGCUUCUGUCAAAUCUCUUAUCCUUUCUACCGCUCACCAAGGACGAAUCACUCAGGCAUCUUUGCAAAGGAAGAACCAGACUCCUAAUUUAGUGGUGUACAAUGGGCUUGAUCCUGAAGAAAUUGAGACAGAUUCCGACACAGACGAAUAG